GUGUACAGCACACGUACAAGCUUAUACUGUAGAGUAUAAGUUGUCUAUAUACUGGCCGCGGCUCGACAUAGCCUGGUGAAACGUGAAUUGGUGGAGAUGUUAUUUAGUUAAAAUUAUAUUCUUUUCUUUGCCAGAUAUAUUACGUACCAAAAAUAACUGAUAACAUGCUCAGUUGCAAAGGCUUUAAAAACGAAUUAAUCGACUGUGAUGAGCUGGUACUCGGUGCAGCCAAAACUGAAGACGGUUACGAUGCCGCCACGCUGAGCGGUAAAGUUAAAAUGCUUCAAGAGAUUUCUCCUGACUAUGACAUUGAUGUAGACAUUUGGAAACAACUGGACCUAGCUAACGCUGACGAGUACAUGUAUAACACUAGAAUAAACUUUUGUGACACCUUGGAGAACACUGACGCCCCUUGGUAUCCCGUCCUUAAGAAACUGAACAUCAGUGGAUGUCCAGUACCCGUUAGUGAGUUUAUAGUCGAAGGUCUGACGAUAUCUUUGGAUUCCGUUAAAGAUGUCUUGUGCCACGAAUUUUGUGGUAAUUACAGAGCAGAGAUAUCGUUCAUGCAUCUUACAGACAAGCUGUCUUGUCAUGUCAUGGAGCUCAGUAUUGAAGAGUGUGAUGAUGAAUAUGACUAAGAAGAUUUUGAGAUCAAUUAUAAAUGUUUAUUUUGCUGAUCUUGUUUUCUUUCUAUUUCUACUGAUCCCUUGAUUAAAGUUUAGGGCUGUUUGCACACACUAUAGCUACCUUCACAAUCUACCAAACCCUGAUAUAAAUACGAACGAUAAUACUUUAGAACAAAAGUUUUUCUUUUAAUUAGAUGAAUAAAUGGUGUGUAGGUUAGAGUGUGUUAGUUUUCUAGCGCUUUGAAAGACGUAGGUUAAUACAAUGCUUGUAUAGUGUACAAAUACGUACGUAGAUACCAUCACACUAGUUAUUAUCAUUCUCAUUUCACUGUCAUAACUGGCGACAGAUAAAGUGAAGAACUAAGUUUGGUGAAAAAACUGUUAAAAGACCAUUCGAAAUUUAGCACAGCCACUUCGCCAAGUGUCAUGCGUUGAUAUAAAACUCUUGAAUAUUUCAAAAUAACAGAUGGUAGUCAUGUGACAUAACAAAACAUGAUGUCUGUCCCAUACAUUUGAGGGA